AAUUGAAGAAGGACGAGCAACAUGCCAACAAGUGAACACACUGAUGAAAAAGUUUCCGCAGCAGAGUAAUAGUAGGAAAUAUAAAAAAACACAGAAUCAAAGACUUUUUACAAGUUUUCCCAAGAAGCAAUGAGAAGAAACUUACAGAUGUGUGAAUGAACAGAAGAUUGAGGUGCAACUCAGUGUGAACGCAAUGCCAGGAAGAAUAAAUGUUCUGUAUUCGCAUGCCGGAUACUGAGGCUUUGGGUAGUUAACAACCAUGCCCUAUCCGAGGUUUCACAGUGUUUGUCCUAUGGAAAUACAUUGUAACAAAAGAAAAUAGAAAUUGAAUUUAAAUGUUCUAAAGAGUAUAAAAGACUUUACAUAAUGCAGUGACAGAAUGCUCUGCUGCAUACAAAACAAUACCCCCCACACCCAACAUCAACUGCUGUAUAUCAGGAAGACCGUCACUUUUUGCGGAAGGAAAAACAAUAGUGCCAAUGUUUUCGAUUUAGAUACUGUGUUUGAAUUCCUAUCAUAGUAUAAUUUAUACUAAGUAAGUUUAAGCAUCACUACUGAUCAUAGAGAAAUUUCAAUAAAUUAAACAAAUAUAAUGUUUCGUUCUAAAA